GUGCGAGUCGAGGGGAGACAGGCGGCUCUCGGUGCGGAGGGCUCUGUGAAGCGCAGCCUACCUGUUGGAGCUCAAAGCGGGAGACUGAGCCACGCUGAUCGUGGAUCUGCGUGAAGCCCACAGCACUCGCUCGGGACGAACGGCCGCAACAUGUCUCCAAGACUGCUGCUCUGCGCCGUUUUGGCUGUGUACCACGGGGCGCAAACCUGCGGUGGAUUUAAUAUAGAUGAACGUUUCCCUGUGAUCAAAGAGGGGAAAACCAAAGGGAGCUUCUUUGGAUUCUCCGUAGCUCUGCACCAACAGACGGAGGGCUCCAGAAAGUACCUGCUUCUUGCAGGUGCACCCAAAGAAAAAGCCAUAUCUCUACAGAAUGUCAAUGAAACAGGUGCUGUCUACUCCUGUCCCAUCACAACAGACAUCGCUGAUUGCUCCAGAAUGGACCUGGUUAGCACAACAACCCCGACUGAGAUGGUGGAGGGCAUGUGGCUGGGCGUGACCGUGGCCAGUCAGAGAGACCUGGCAGCGGGACGCGUGCUGGCAUGCGGGCACCGCUAUGUGAAGAUCAUCAAAAGCGGCGCAGAGGAGCAGCGGCGGAUGAUAGGAAAAUGCUUCGUCAGGAGUAACGACCUGACCUAUGACCCCAACGAUGACUGGCAGACUUACAACUAUGAGGUCUGCAACCCAAACUUCGACAUGGAGCUCGAGGGCAUGUGCAGCAUGGGCAUCUCAGGCGGCAUGACAGACACCGACGUCUACAUCGGCGCUACAGGCAGCUACGUGUGGCAAGGAAAUGUUCAUGUAACAUGGAGAGAUCCAGAUCCAGCAAACGCCUGGGACUCUAUAGGCAAAGACUUUGGACAGCUGAAAAGACGAUACAGUUAUAUGGGUUAUUCAGUUCUCGAGGACAAAAAGCUGCUGAGCCAUGAUGAUUACACGGUGGUGACAGGGUCUCCCAGGGACGAGUCCAAGGGCUCAGUGAUGUUCGGGACCAAGACCAACAAAAACCUGGAGCCGGCGCUCAUCAUCCCCGGGGAACAAGUGGGCUCGUACUUUGGGAACAGCCUGAUUGUCACUGACCUCAACAAUGACGAUUGGAAUGACCUGAUCGUGGGUGCCCCAUUUUACUUUGACCGCAUGCAGGAUCAGGGAGGAGCAGUGUACAUCUUCAUGAAUGAGAAUGGAUCUUUUCAAAAGACCGCUACCAUGGUGCUGAAGGGUCCAUCAGCCUCUGCGUUUGGCUUCGCACUGGCUGCCAUUGGUGAUGUCAACCAAGAUGGCUUCCAAGACUUUGCAGUGGGAGCUCCAUUCCACGACACAGGGAAGGUCUACAUAUGGAUGGGAAGUAAAAAGGGAAUCUCACAGGAGCCCAGUCAGGUGAUUGAGGGUAAGUCCGUGGGAAAUGGAGGAUUCAGGACCUUCGGCUACUCCAUCAAUGGAGGGAUGGACAUGGAUGACAACAGUUACCCAGACAUCUUAGUCGGCUCUCUGGAUGACCGCAUGGCUCUGCUCAGGGCUCGACCAGUCAUCCACUUAACUCAGGACUUCACUGUCGAACCAAAGAUUGUGGACCCUAAUCAGUGUCCGGGAAAUACACCAUGCAUCACAGCGACCCUGUGUAUGUCUUUCACUCUAAGCAACGGAAACAAAGACUUCAAGAAAAAUAUCACGGUGAAGUACACAGUGGAGGCCGACAUGGAGAGAAGAAGCCCUCGUGUCCGUUUUCAAGACAAUAAUGGCGACACAUACACCGGCCUCCUGAGCCUGCCGUCUUCCAAAUCCAAGUGUCACACUCUGAAAUUGAUUGUAGUGGCGUCUGUAAGGGACAAACUGGAGCCGGUGGUCUUUUCCCUCAACAUGUCCUUAAAUGAACAAAAGCCUAAAUCCAGACGCUCCGUGCAGAACCUGGACUUCUUCCCAAUUCUCAGCCAGGAGCGGAAACUCUCUCAAAGAACUGAGAUUAACUUCCAGAAGGAGUGUGGCUCAGACAACAAAUGUAGCAGUAACCUGCAGUUGGCAGCUCAGUUUGUUGACGAAAAGGACAAGCCUUACCCCAGGCAGGACAAAUUCCAGGUACUUCAGUUCCACAGCACUAUGAAGAUAAUAAGGCUGAUGGUGGAGGUGACCAACUUUCCUGGUCCGGGGAAGCUGGCUGAAGACGCCCACCAGGCCGAGCUCAACGUCACCAUCCCUGAUGCACUGAAAUACUCAGGCGUCAGGUCUGAGGACCACGAUGUGCAAUGCAGCUUGCACGGCACAGUGAUUUGUGAUCUGGGGAAUCCGCUUAAAGGCAACGAAAAGGUGUUACUUGUCCUCAUUUUUGAGACAUCGGGGAUCAAUCUGUACACACAAGAGAUUGAGUCCCAGCUGCUUCUGUCCACUCUUAGUGAGCAGAGUGACCUGAAUCCUGUGCCUGUGGCCCUGCUGAUUGAAAACACCAUCCUCCCCUCCUUCUCCAUAGCAAACGCGGUGGUGCAAACAAAAUUUGGUGGGACAGUGAUGGGCGAGUCAGCCAUGGUCAACACCAGUGACGUGGGCAGUCUGGUGGAGUUCACCUUCAAUGUGAACAUGAGGGGACAGCCUCUGGGAGACAUGGGGACCCUGGUUGUGGAGUUCGAGUGGCCCUUUGAGGUUGCCAACGGCAAGUGGCUGCUAUACCUGACGAAGAUUGUUGUUUCUGGGCUAUCAGAGACAGAAUGUAACCCUCCUGGAGAAGUUGUCAACCUGCUCAACCUCACUUUGUCAGAGAGCGGACGGACGCGCACCAAGCGGCAGAUCGCGGUGGACGACGAUGACGCGACCAAGCCGCUCAUCACCGAGCCACAGGCAGCCAUCACGCUGCUCACUCCUCGCAAAGAGUCCUACCUGUUGGAAUGCUCCAAGGGAACAGCUCGGUGCGUGACAUUUACCUGCCCGCUGCUCAACAUGACGGAGUCAGCCAAGAUCGUUGUCCGCUCCCGUCUGUGGAACAGCACAAUGCUAGAGGACUAUUCCAAUGCUCUCAGAGUCACAGUCAAAGGUCAAGCGACGCUGAAGCUCAUUACAGAUAAACCAACCAUCAGGAUGGACAGCCAGACCAGAAUGUUCAAAGUGGACAUAGAGCCAGUGGAGAGGGUGGAGGCACCCUAUGAGCUCCCGCUAUGGAUCAUCAUCUCUGCAAUUGUAGCGGGAAUUCUGCUACUGGGAAUUAUCAUCGUCAUUCUGUGGAAGUGUGGCUUCUUCCAGAGGGCCAGCAGGAGGGAGAUGUAUGAGGCCAAGGCCCAGAAGGCUGAGAUGAAGAUCCAGCCCUCUGAGACAGAGAGGCUGACGGAGGACUACUGAGGGCCCUCAUGGGUCCCCCAACAGCACACACCAGUGGGGCUUUUGGCUUGGAUUCUUCAAGCGAGCCAUCUACUACCGGAUAAUGCCAAAGCACCAGGGGGUGAAAAUUCGCAAGGCUGAGCGCUAUCAGUUCAAUCUGGGAUUUCUGCCUGAGGAGCCACAGAAAAAGUACUGGAUCACCAACUGGACAGAGAUGCAGCAUUACUACUACUGAGGCCUUUACAAUGGACCCUGAACCAAUCACUGUCACGCUGGUUUGACACGGGCCAAACAAAGAACACUGGGCUCGGUCGAGCCAAAUGGACUUGUGCAUGGACCAACUGUGGAUAGUGCAUUCAGUUUUUUUGUUUUGUUUUUUUUUACUUCAAUAGAUUUCAACUUUUCCAGUGCAAUAUGCUGAACAUUUUGUUUCAGAGAUUGUAAUUUGUUAAGUAUUUUUGAUGAAUGCAGUGUUGUACAUUGGAACCGGGGUUGCAUUCAAGAGAAAAUUGUAAACUGUUCUGAUUGUGUUGCAGGUUUUUAUGUACUGAACUUGUUUGCCUGUAUGUUUUCAUUUCUUUUUUUUUUUUUCCUCUCUGAAUCCUCUGAGCAAAGUUGCUGGUCAUUCAUCAUGUUAUUUUCCUCCAUGUCUGUUUUCCUCUCUAAUCAGAGGAAUGAGUCUAUUGAUUUUCUCUGUGUAUGUCUGUCCGCAGGCAUCGCUUUGUGGUCAGUGGUUGUAGUCUAUGUAAGGGUUUUAAACCUAAAGCAGUCGUGUUGGAGAUCAGUUUCAAACUGCACUUAAAGUAUGCUGACCAGCAUCCACUCAUGUGAAUGUCCAUGUCAGUGUUUGGCAAGCAGACCAUGGUUGUGACACUGACGUCAUUUGCAAAAAGUUACUAUUUUUCAGGCGCCGUAGAGAAAUGAUGUCCCUGUUUCAGGGAAUAAA